UUUAACAACACAAUGUAGGUCAAUAUUAAAUUUAAAAAUAUUUAUCCUUCAGUAAUUUAUUUUUUUUUUUUUUUAGUAAUUGGUUAUCAUAAAUUAUUAAAAAUUAUCAGUGAAUAAAUUUUGUUAAUAGUAGAGCUUUAGGAAUGGAAGCUUUGUUUUGGUCUUGAUGUCCAACGUCGAGCUGGAAAAUCCGGAGAAUGCUCCGACAGGUCAAGUAGAGAUACCAGAAAAUGAGCCCGUGAUACCGCGAUCCCGGUCUUUGUUCUCAAGACUAGAAUAUGACGAAUCACAUCUAUCAACAACAGAUAUAUGUAGGAUUUGUCAUAUGGGCGGAUUCCCCGCGGUGACAGUGCAACGUCCAAUGUGGGAAUGGCCCAAGCAAACAUCACCAUCCACCGUAAGACAAGUUGAUAGCCAGAUAUCAACUUUGUCUUCCUACGCGUACCUGGGGCCUUUGAUAUCAGCCUGCAAAUGUCGGGGAACAGUCGGAUUAGUUCACGCCGAAUGUCUCGAGCGCUGGUUAACUGAGUCAGGGCACUCUUGUUGCGAAUUAUGCGGCUAUAAGUACUUAACAAAACGAGUUCCACGUCAUGGAAUGCUGCAGAGUGUUUGGAUUUGGUUCAAUACUGUCAUUGCUACGAGACAGAUGAUCCUAGAUGUCUUGUAUCUUAUCGUAACAACUCCGCUGGCACUUUUUUCAAUUUACAUCUGCGCACUGGCGUUGAAGAUGAUUUUAAAUAGCGGUUUUUACGAGGUGCCGUGGAUGAUCGUCGCAAUGCUGCCUACAUGCUCACUGACGUUAGUUGCUUACUGGAGCUGGAUAAUAACACUCGGCAGGUACAUUAGCAGACUUCAUGGAAGACGUUGGCGUAGAUUUUGGCGCACUAAUUUUGUGGUAAGACUGUUACCUAACGAUCCAAGUUCUCCGGACAAUGAUAAUGAACAAGCGGUCGCUGAUGCUCGAAGACAAGAAGAACAAAGAAUAAUUGAAGAACAAGAAGAUCUUGAAGAUUUGCUCCAAUUGGCAUUUUGAGGUCACAUAUUAAUUUAUGAUAAAUUAUUUUCAAUAAAUUUAUUAUAUAUACCGCGUUUAAUU